AUGUCAUUCUCCUUCGGCACUCCCGCUUCCAGCGGAACCUCCAGUGGAGGUCUUUUUGGCACAUCUGGCGCUACCUUCGGCUCCAACCAAAACAGCUCCAAUACUGGGUCUGGUGGUGGCUUGUUCGGAAAUGUAGGAGCUUCGUCUACCAGUGGAAGUGCGUCUCCUUCGCUUUUCGGCGCUGGCUCGGCCGGUGGCCAGGCUAGCCAGACUCCUGCAGCUGCGCCGAUGUUUGGUAAUGCUGGUGGUGCCAAUGCUCCUAGCAGCGGCACUUCAGGCGGUUUCAGCUUUGGUGGUCAGGCAGGCAGCGGCGCUCAGUCCAACUCUAUGUUCGGCAACAAUGCUUCGACCCCCGGAUCUUCCACACCUGCCCAGCCCGCUGCCAGUGGAAUGUUUGGAGGAGGAGGAGGAGGAGGAGGAGGAGGAGGAGGAGCUAAUAAGCCUCCCGGAGGUAGCUUUUUCGGUGGGGGUUCAUCAACUACCCCAGGCCCUGCCAGCGGAUCUUUGUUCGGCAAUACCUCGACCACUCCUGCUGGCCCUCCCCCUGGAUCCAAGCCUGCCGGUAGCCUCUUUGGUGGGAUGAAUGCUGGUUCUUCUACUACACCGACCUCUUCCGCAGCCCCUCCAUCUACCACCCCAUCUACCACCCAGGCACAACCAUCCGGCGGGCUUUUCGGCGCUGGUGCUGCACCUGGUGCCAACAAGCCUCUUUUCGGAGCAGCACAGUCUACAACGCCCGCUCCUGGGGGCGCUGGUGGUCUUUUCGGCGGCGCAAACAAGCCGGCUGAAUCCACCACACCUACCACAGCUGCAGGCAGCGCAAACAAGCCGCUAUUCGGAGCUGGAGCUGGAGCUGGAGCCCAAACACCACAGGCUGCCCCUUCUCUUUUCAAAGCCCCUGCCGCUGGCGGUGAUGCUGCUGCAAAGCCUGCGUUCUCUCUCGGCGCACCUUCUACUACAACUACAACUUCCCAGCCUGCUCUGGGAGCUCCUGCAGCAUCGACCGCAGCUCCUCAGAAGUCUCUUUUCCCUUCUCUUGGUGGCGCCACAUCUUCAGCUGCUCCGUCGACCACACCGGCGGCAGCUUCGGCCGGUGGUCUGUUCCCAAGUCUGGGUGGUGCCAAACCUGCGGCCAGCACUCCGGCAUCAGCUGCUACCACUGCAGCUCCGGCGGCCACCCAGCCUGCGGCUUCUGGAAUGAGUCUGUUUAACAAGCCUGCUACUUCUAUACCUUCAACUGCUGCUCCUGCCACAGGCGCCACUGCCGGCACGACCACUGCUACGGCUGCCCCGGCCACGACUGCCACUGCCGGUACCGGUGCCGGCGCGGGCCCUUCAAUUCUCGGACAGUCGACCACCGGCCCUGCACCCCCAGCCCAGUCUCGUCUCAAGAACAAGACCAUGGAUGAGAUCAUCACCCGAUGGGCGACGGAUUUGACUAAGUACCAGAAGGACUUCCGCGAGCAAGCAGAGAAGGUUGCUGAGUGGGAUCGUAUGCUGGUGGAAAACGGAACUAAGGUCCAGAAGCUUUAUGGUAGCACUGUUGACGCGGAGCGGGCCACCCAAGAAGUUGAGCGACAAUUGACUUCAGUGGAGGGUCAGCAGGAGGAGCUGAGUUCGUGGCUUGACCGCUAUGAGCGGGAGGUCGAUGAGAUGGUUUCAAAGCAAGUGGGUCCUGGCGAGACACUCCAGGGACCGGACCAGGAGCGCGAGAGAACAUACAAACUGGCCGAGAAACUCUCAGAGCGCUUGGAUGAGAUGGGCAAGGAUCUCACUAGCAUGAUCGAGGAGGUGAACGGUGCUUCAGCAACCCUGACCAAGACCAACCGCGCAGACGAGCCUAUCUCCCAGAUCGUCCGUAUCCUCAACUCACACCUGUCCCAAUUGCAGGUCAUCGACCAAGGCACCUCCGAUCUGCAAGCUAAGGUUGCCGCAGCCCAAAGGCAAGGCCAGUCUAUUUCAUCCCGUAUCGGUUACGGUUACAACAGCCCUAGUAUGGGCGGAGGAAACGCCGCCGAUGAUUUCUACCGCUCAUACAUGGGCCGUCGGUAG